AGCAACAUCAGCAGUCCUGCUUUCAGGCCGCCUUGUACGCGUUGAGUACUCUUCUACCUGCGGUUCCGUUUCGUUGGUAACGUCACCAGCUCUGAUCAAGUAAGGGGGUUUUCAUCUCUGUUAGCCCCAGCAGCAGAAAGCGGCGAGAGACAAGAGUGGACUCGAAGCAGCACAAGUCGAUUCGUGCGCUCCACGUAUUAAACGAACUCUCUCCAUAAUAGAAGGUCUAAUCAUAGAUCAACACUUUGUGUUUUCUUAUAUAUCCUACCGCAGUCGAGGUACAUCCUGCACGUGUACAACGAAACCGGACUCUUCAUCAUGCAGACGAUCACAGCCAGUAACACCGCCACCUCUCCGCGGUCCAGCGUCGGCGGCCCUCUCGAGAAGCCACUCGGUGCCACGACUUCUGCCGAGUGGAUGACGAUGUACGAGCACAAGCCACACGGAAAGAGCACCCUCUUCGAGCUGGAGGCCAUGGUGGCGAAGCGUAUGGAGUUUUUAGCCUGGAUCGAUCAGCAGGUGAACUCCCCGCAGACGAAGAGCUUUGAGGCUGUGCUGGACGCCAUUGUGGCUCGUCUGCCGGAGGAGCGACGGUCAAGUGGAGUGACAGAGGCGGCUCGCGGUAAGGUGGCGGUCUCGCUCGGCUACGACGACUCGGCGGGUGCGGCAGCGAAUACCGGCAGUGGCGUGGUGAUCGGCGGUCGUCGCUCCUCCUCCCGCGGCUCGACGGGCAGCGCUGCCGGUGGCAGUCAGGUAGCGAGCAUCGUCUUUCAACCCGAGGAGGAUGUGACGUCACACCUACUCUGCCGCUUUGCCUUCUGCAUGAGUGAGCGCUGGCGGGACUGGCUGGUGAGGACGGAGCGGGUGCUGUUGACGGCGCGCAUCAAGAUGGAAAUGGCGAAGAGCCCCUUCACGUUUUUGGUCGAUUUGAUGAAGCGGAACGGCCUGCCCUGCGCGCCGCUGACGGAGAAGCAGCUCGCCGAUCCGAUGCUGCACGCGUAUUUGGAGUAUCGCCGUGCGAAGGCCGACGGCGCACGGGAGUCGGAGGGACGAGCAGAGAACUACUACGCCGUGCCGUUGUCCCUCGCGACGCGACUUAUCAAGAAGCGCAGCGUGCUCUGCCGUGCCGGUCAGGCCAUUCUCUUUCGAGACCAGGUGCAGGAGGUGUUCUUGACGGUCUUCUGCGCUCACCUCAAUCGCGGGCUGCACAGCGCCUACCUCGCACGGGCUCAACAGCAGUCCCUCAGCGAGGAAACGGAGAAGUCGACGGUGAUGUCGAUGUUGGAUGCCUUCUUAGAACAGUUUAUUGCCGCGCCGACGGACAGCUUGCAGGAGGGCGUGGCCGGGGCGGUGAAGGCCGGUGACGUGCAGCGCCUGGCGCAGACCCACUUCCCGCCCUGCAUGCGGAUGAUCGACGCCCAUUUGCGCCGCGGAGGGCACCUGAAGCACCACGGCCGGUUUACCUACGGUCUCUUCUUAAAGGCGAUCGGGCUGUCGCUGGAGGAUUCGAUGGAACUGUUUGCGACCCUCAUGACGGUGAAGGGCGGCGGCUCGGUGGAGGCGUUUGCGAAGACGUCGUACGGCUACAACGUGCGGCACAACUACGGGGUGGAGGGUAAGAAGACGAGCUACAGCUCGGCGUCCUGUGCAACGCUCUUGGCGCUGCCCCCAACGGUCGAUCAGCACGACUGCCACGGCUGCCCUUUUCGAUUUCGCGAUGAGGGGGCGUUGCGCACGGUGCUGGGGAAGGAGGUGCACAACCCCAAAGGCCGCGACUACCCGAGUAUUCGUCCGACCGCUGGUGAUAUCGAGGAUAUCGUGAGCGACUGCAAAGGGCAGCACUACACUCGGGCGUGCUACAAGUAUUUCAUGUCGACGCACCCCGACGCGCGGCGGGACACGUUAUUCCGCUCCCCGUACGAGUACUACAGUACGAGCCUCGAGUCGGAGGUGAAUGCGGACGGUGUCGAGUCUGCGCGAUCUUCCGCCAGCCCUGGGAAGCGUACGUCGGUGUCGCUGAAUGAAGACGCGGUGCGGACUCGCACGUCACCGUAG